AAUGGUUCCAAAGGGACAGAGGAAUUCUGCCAGAUUGACUCGUUUUGGAGGAAGAGGAAAGCCGCCUUCGGGUGAUGAACCUCCACGAGGGUCAACAUCACUGGUGGAAGUGGGGCCAGAUGAAACAGGUGGAGCACCCGCCAGAGAUGUGGGUCCUGAUCCUGCUUCAGGAUCUUUGUCUCCCCGGAAGCCCAAAAGCACCCAGGGAGGAGCGGGAGAGAGCCUUUUGGGCUCUGGUCGAAAUGGAGAGGAUGGAGGAAGGGUGCAGAUGAUGGGAAGUGGCAAAGAAAUGGGAGGCGUGUCUCCAGAAGCAGGGGGGAUCUCGGCCGGAUCCAACACCAGCCCAAGCCCAGGGGGUAAAGGUCUGCCAGGCCAUGCCGCCAAGACUUUUCCAUCAUCCCCCAGCAAAGCAGGCGGGCCCAGCCGGGCCAAGAUGUCCCUCACAGGAACCAGCAAGUCUCCGACAUCUAUCCAAAGUUUGGCAAUGCGGCUGCUGAGUAUGCCCGGAUCACGCCUUCCUGGGGAAACUGGAACGCCCGGGGCAGAAACUCCAGCCCCGGCCCCAAUCCUGGCCCCCGCACAGCCUCCGGUGCAAGCGGUGGAAGAAGCUAAGCCCAAGGUUCAUCGGGCUCGGAAGACCAUGUCGAAACCUCCCAGUGCUCAGGUCCCUGAAAAGCGAGUCUCAGAGAUGCUGCAUUUUCGAGUCCCAGAUGACCUGAGGGCCAUUGAAGAGCCAGAAGAACCUGCCAAACGCAGGAAAUACGAUUAUAUGGCCGAUGCAAUGCACAAAAGGAUGCCCCUCUCACUCCAGCGGUCAAGUCCCAGGGCAACGACAGAGAUCACAGUCACGGAAGAAAUGACUGCUCCAGCCACGGCCUCGCAGGAGGAAAGGGGUCAGGAGUGGGAGACAGAAGUGGGGGAUGACUUCAGCCUCUUUUAUGACAGUUACUCUGUGGAUGGCCAUGCUGAUUCAGACAGCAAGUCAGAUGCAGAUGUUGCUGGAGAACAUAUGAGUGAAGAAGAGGAGGAGGAAGAAGAGGAGGAGGAAGAGGAAGAAGAAGAGGAGGAAGAAGAGGAAGAAGAAGAGGAGGAGGAAGAGGAAGAUGAGGACGAGGAAUCGGGCAACCUCUCUGAUAGGAGCGCUACCUCCAGCUCGAAGCGGAAGGCCCGGAAGCGCUGGCGGAAUGACAGCCCGUGGGUCAAACCAUCCCGGAAACGGAAGCGCAAAGAGCCCCACCCUAAGGAUGCCAGAGGACUGAACGGCGUUGGAAGAGCCUAUGACCUGGAGUAUGUAGCUGAAUAUACAUAGAGCUUACCCAGUUCCCACUGUCCUUCCUUCCUUCCUUCCUCCCUCCCUCCCUCCCUCCCCUUUACAGGGGUGUCUAAUGAGACAAGUUCACUGGAGACAGAGCGCUUUGAAGAACUGCCCCUCUGCUCCUGCCGCAUGGAAGCGCCGACGAUAGAGCGCCUCAGCCAGCAGGCGGGGAAUCAGUGCAUGGCCACAGAGAGUGCUGACGGGGAGCUGAACGGCUGCAGUAGCAGCAUCCUCAAGCGGGAGACGAUGCGUCCCUCCAGCCGGGUUCCGCUCAUGGUCCUGUGUGAAGCCCACCGAGCCAGGAUGGUGAAGCAUCACUGCUGCCCCGGAUGUGGCUACUUCUGCACUGCGGGCACCUUUCUGGAGUGCCACCCUGACUUCCGUGUGGCUCACCGUUUCCACAAGGCCUGCGUUUCCCAGCUCAACGGCAUGAUCUUCUGCCCGCACUGUGGAGAAGAUGCUUCCGAGGCCCAAGAAAUCACGAUAGCCAAGGCAGACACCUCCACACCUGUCCCCAUUCCACCUUCUCACGGGCAGAGCGCCUCGGAGGGCACAGGCCGUGCGGAUACCACCCAGCCCAGUGCCCGGAUGCGUGGAGGUUCUGGAGUCGAACACCUGCCAGAUGAUUCAGCCAGCCUGGGCCCGGGGAUCGACAGCGCAGGGCCCCGACUGACCCUUCCUAACGGGGCUGUGCUGUCCGCACAGGGCCUGCCGCCAGGGGCCGGGCGGGAACAACUGGAGCGGGCCCUCGUGGUGCAGGAAUCUGAGCGGCGGAAGAAGCUGCGAUUCCACCCCCGCCAGCUGUAUCUCUCCGUUAAGCAAGGGGAGCUCCAGAAAGUGGUGCUCAUGUUGUUGGACAGCUUGGACCCAAACUUCCAGAGCGAACAGCAAAGCAAACGGUUCCCACUUCAUGCUGCAGCACAGAAGGGCUACUUGGAAAUCUGUCAUGUUUUGCUGCAGGCCGGUGCCAACAUAAACACGGUGGACAAGUUGCAUCGGACGCCUCUGAUGGAAGCUGUUGCAAACAACCACGUGGAAUUAGCACGUUACUUGAUCAAAAGGGGUGGUUGUGUUUAUACCAAAGAAGAUGAUGGCUCUACCUGCCUCCAUCAUGCUGCCAAGAAUGGAAACGUUGAAAUGGUCAGCUUGUUGCUCUCCACAGGACAGGUGGACGUUAAUGCCCAAGAUAGCGGAGGUUGGACCCCCAUUAUCUGGGCUGCCGAGCAUAAGCACAUCGAGGUGAUCCGCAUGCUGCUUACCCGUGGAGCGGACGUCACGUUGACUGACAAUGAAGAGAACAUUUGCUUGCACUGGGCCUCUUUCACAGGGAGCGCAGAGAUUGCCGAGGUCCUGCUGAAUGCCCAGUGCGACCUCCACGCGGUCAACUUCCACGGAGACACCCCUCUGCACAUCGCUGCCCGGGAGAGCUACCACGAGUGUGUCCUCCUGUUCCUCUCGCGAGGGGCGGACACGGAGGUGCGCAAUAAGGAAGGGGAUUCCCCUCUGGACCUCACCUUGGAGAACUCCGAAGUGUGGUUCGCCCUGCAGCUCAACCGCAAGAUUCGCCAAGGCAUCUUGAACCGCUCUGUUCGCACGGAACGCAUCAUUAGCAGGGACGUGGCCCGCGGCUAUGAGAACGUCCCCAUUCCCUGCGUCAACUCGGUAGAUGAUGAACCAUGCCCGGAUGAUUACAAGUACAUCUCAGAAAACUGUGAGACGUCCACCAUGAACAUUGACCGCAACAUUACCCACCUGCAGCAUUGCACGUGUCAGGACGACUGUUCCUCCAGCAAUUGCCUGUGUGGGCAGCUCAGCAUCCGCUGCUGGUAUGACAAGGAUGGCCGUUUGCUGCAGGAGUUCAACAAGAUUGAACCACCCUUGAUUUUCGAAUGUAACCAGGCGUGCACGUGCUGGAGGAACUGCAAGAAUCGGGUCGUGCAGAGUGGCAUCAAGGUCCGUUUGCAGCUCUACCGCACUGCCAAAAUGGGAUGGGGCGUCCGCGCGUUACAGACGAUUCCCCAGGGGACUUUUAUAUGCGAGUAUGUGGGGGAAUUGAUUUCGGAUGCCGAAGCAGACGUCAGAGAAGACGACUCCUACCUGUUUGAUCUCGACAAUAAGGAUGGCGAAGUCUACUGCAUCGAUGCCCGUUACUACGGCAACGUCAGCCGCUUCAUCAACCACUUGUGCGACCCCAACAUCAUCCCUGUGCGGGUGUUCAUGUUACACCAGGACCUGCGUUUCCCCCGCAUCGCCUUCUUCAGUAGCCGGGAUAUUCAGACCGGUGAAGAGCUCGGGUUUGACUAUGGCGACCGCUUCUGGGACAUCAAGAGCAAAUACUUCACCUGCCAGUGCGGUUCGGAAAAGUGCAAACAUUCGGCCGAGGCCAUCGCCCUGGAGCAGAGCCGCCUCGCCCGGCUGGAGGCUCACCAGGACGUCUUGCCGGACAGCAGUAGCCUUCCUGCCGCUCAGGCCUAAGCGGGGUUUCGCUGCCAAUCCUGGACUCAGGAACCCUUCCUUCUCCCGGCCGUCUCCCACCGACCGUCGGCAGCUCCUUUGAGGCUUAGCUUCCCUUCUCCAUGUUGAGUUCACCUGGAUGGAAACACCCUGUUGCUGAAUGCGGAAGAGAGAACGGGGGUGGGGGGGAGUGUGUGUCCUAUUCCAGGGGAUGAAAAAAAGGGGACCUCUUGAGAAGACGCUGGUUCUUCAAGACAACAGCUCCAAAACUAACUUUUACAGGCUCUUGAGAAGGAAACCAGAGAGAGAGAGAGAAAAGCCUGGCGUGUGGUCUCUCUGAAACGCAGGUGGCCCAGCAAACAGAUCAGCUAUCUCAAGCUCCCACUUGCUCCUUUAGGCAUGGGGGGGGGAGUCACGGGCAAUAGAAACUGGUGCUAACUCUUCAUAUGAGCCCCCUGGAACGUGGGUGGGCAACCCAGGAUCUGGAUGUGGCCCUCUGCCUGUUGCGGUGGCUGCCCUCCACCUUCUCAUGCUGCCAAAACUCACUCUUCAUUUCCCUUUGCUUGGAAAUGCGUCUCUCGGGCUAAGCUCCAGGUUUCGGCUCCUCUCGAGUACACCUGUUGAAACGGAGCGGACUCGUCAUGGCAGAGGUCAUGUCGUUUUCUUUCAUUCCAGUGGGAUCUGCUCUAGUUUGUAUGAGAGGUUAGAUGCUGCCCCUCCUCACAUUUCAGGCUGAAUCUUGUUUCCCGGAGGUGGGAUUCAGCUGGAAAGUGAGGCACGCUCCUCCUGGAUUCUGUCAGCGUUGCUUGCGCCUUCACUGCAGCCUCAGGAAACCUCUUGUGUUUUUUUUGCUGCCCGUCUGAGAGUGCGUGUAGGAAACGGUUAAGUUAACAUUUGCUCUGGCAGAUAACACAGACCUGAUUAUUGAGGGCUAUGAAGUUGACAAGGCUGCUGCCUCGUGUUGGUAGCCCUCUGUACGUUUACGGUCACUCUCUCUCCCUUAUUUUCUCGUCUGACUUCCUUUCAUGACUGGAAAAACAUGGAUGUCUUUGGCGCCUCCCCCACCCUUUUUACCUUGCUCUGGUCCAAGUUAACAUUCAAUUUCUGGUCAGGACAGCUUGGCCUCCAGUUUGGAGGGGCCUCUUCUCGGAGCUGCCCUGCUCCCCUGUGAAGCCCUGGAAUGGCAAUGGAAGUGUGAUUUCAGUUUUGAGGGGCCAGCCUUAUCUCUCUUUUCUUUCUCUCACUUUCUCUUUUCUAUGUGUUUUCAUCUCUCUUUUUUUUUUACUCUUUAAUUUUCUGGGGCCAUAAAGAAAACCAAUAAAUUUUGGCGAUAGGGUGA